GUCCGAGUAUUUUCUUUCAGCCUUGUCUCAGAAUUCUUUCUGUCGAAAACCUCUGUGGGAGAGAUGCGCUGUGGGCCCUCGCAGAAGCAAAGCGACGGACGCUCUCAAAGUUGGGCCAAAACGACCCGGUUGUUCUUCGACGAAUGGGUUGGCCUGGUUCUUUCCAGGUGGUGGGCAGCACCAGCGACCAGGGCCAAAGAGCAGGACACGCAGUUUGACAUGUACAGGUGCUCUUCCAUCUCAAAAGCACAGAUCCUGAUCUUCCGAGGCAAGGCAGGGUCGACUGAAGAGUCAACUGAAGAGCGAUGGCCAACUCAGACUAGGUGCAGCUAGAAUCAGCACCCAGCAACGCCCCGCUUUGACGGUGGCCGGACCGCUGGAGAGUCGCCCAGACCGUCCCUCGCACGCACCACGCAGAACAACAUGAAGGCUGGCAACGGUGGCCGGCCUAGAGGGGCUGGAUGUCGCGCAAGUGAGCGUUGAAGAGAGACCGGCAUCGUGCAAGACCGGUUGUGCAGAGAUUGUGAGUGCUUAGAAUGACACUGGACCAAAUACAGCAUAGUUUCAUGCAUUCGGCCAUAACAUGCACAAGUUCGCUUGAUGCCUUUUUCCAAACUGGAUUACACGAUCAACCAGACCGGGCUUGAGAAAGGGCUUGCAGCGGCUUUUGUGAGGACACGCGUGUUGUCAAAAUUGAGAAGGGUAGGGAUGCGUUGCC